AUGGGCCCAGAUACCAUCGAGCUCGAGAUUACCGAUCUACUCAGGGUCGGAGAUUGCUGCAAUUCGCAGCUGCUCACAGUCCAAGAAUUGCGAGAAACAUCUCAUUCUGGACAGCCUUCCUUAUCAAAGACGAUAUUUCCAAGAAGGUCUUCUCCUGCACUGGAUACAAAACUACUAGUGGCCAAGGUUUACGAUCCUCUCUAUUACGACGACGCCGAGUACUACAUAAAUCCCUUUCUAGCCAUGAACCAAAACUACACACACGAGGUUCGCUCAUACCACCAUCUCUCCGAGCUCCAAGGUGACCGCAUCCCUCGGUAUUACGGCUCCUAUUCUCUCGAUAUCCCCAUCUCCCACGCUCACCAGUCCAAAGAUACUACCCAGCCAGUCCCCGUCCGGAGCGUACGCAUGAUCCUAGUCGAACAAAUCGCAGGAACAGACAUGCAAAGCGUCGAAUCCGCGCGCCUCUUCUCCUCCUCCUCAUUCCAGCAAGUGCGACAGCAGAUCAUGAAAGACGUGAUUGAGCUGGAAAGUCUCAUCUACUUCAAGGAUAUUUUUCUCCGCGACUGCUGUCCCCGCAAUAUGAUUCUCAGCACGCCGAAUGAGGACGGGCAGACGCCUCACGUCGUGUUUAUCGACUUCUGUCAUGCUCUGUUCAAUCGCCGACCUGAUGACGAGGUGGCGCUCAGUAUCAACUUCUUUGUCGGUCAGUAG